UGAGGAGAAUGUCUGAGGAAAACGCCGCCCAAAAAUCUCAUAAUUGCCAUGAUUGGGAAGGACGUCCCCAGGAAGGGCCUGGGCCUCGGUGGAGACGUGGCUUCCAAUGGCAGGAAGGGAAGGAGGCGGCCUUGGGCUCCACGAGGAAAACCCUCCUGCCUGUCAGGAGAGCUGUUCACCAGGGGAACGCGCUGCCUCGGGAGGCUGGUGGAAGGCUGGGUGGCCACCUGUCGGGGCUGCUUGGAUGGUGCCUUCCCUGCCUGGCAGAAAGAACGGGGUUGGACUGGGUGGCCCAUGGAGUUGCUCUUAUUGCCGGCCAGAGACCUGUCGGAGCCUCUCACACGGCGCACGAGCGCGUCCACACCGCAAGCGAAGGGCAGGUGACGUGGUGAUGAUGAUGAUGAUGAUGGCCUGGUGAAGGGACCCGUCUCCGGCUGGCCUGGAGCUGCCCCUCGGAGAUGACCCAGAGGCCCGUCCUGCCCACCGCCUCCUCCUCGCCCGGGACCCCCUCCGGCCAUGCCGCGCUAGCCCGGUCCGACCACCAAAGAGAGCGGGGGCCCCGCUCGCGCCAGGCCCGGCACCCAUUCCACCUGGACUCGGAUUCCGCUUCGUUUUUGUAUUGACCGGAGAAGUUGUUUUUCCCUCCUUUCUUUUCUAGCCUGCGAUUGAUCAUUAUAAUUCUCCUUGGUUGAUUGUGAGUCCGCCCCAUGGCUUUUUUGAUGAAGAAGAAGAAGUUCAAGUUCCAGACCAGCUUCACUUUGGAGGAACUGACGGCCGUGCCCUUCGUCAACGGGGUCCUCUUCUGCAAGGUCCGGCUCCUGGAUGGAGGAGACUUCGCCACUCUGUCUUCCCGGGAGGAGGUGCAGGAGAACUGUGUCCGCUGGAAGAAGAAGUUUGCCUUUGUCUGCAAGAUGAGCGCCAACCCGGCCACGGGCCUCCUGGACCCCUGCGUCUGCCGCGUCUCCGUCCGCAAGGAGCUGAAAGGAGGGAAAACCUAUUCCAAGCUGGGCUUUGCUGACCUGAACCUGGCGGAGUUUGCCGGCUCCGGGUUCACCGUCCGUUGCUGCUUGCUGGAGGGAUACGACACCAAGAACACCCGGCAGGACAACUCCAUCCUGAAGGUGACCAUCGGCAUGUCCCUGCUGUCGGGAGACCCCUGCUUCAAAACGCCUCCGUCCACGGCCAAGUCCAUCGCCGUCCCCGGGCAGGACUCCACGCUCCAGCUGACCUGCAAAGGCGAAGGGACCUCCGCCGGCAGCGCCCCCGUCCCCGCCGGCGCCUCGUCCGCCGUGGGAUCCGUGCGCCAGAGCAAGGCCCGGCCCUCCGUCCUCGGAUCAGGGCUGCCGGAGGAGCCGGACCAGAACCUGUCCAGCCCGGAGGAGGUCUUCCACUCGGGACACUCGCGCAACUCCAGCUACGCCAGCCAGCAGUCCAAGAUCUCUGGCUACAGCACCGAGCACUCGCGCUCCUCCAGCACCUCGGAUCUGACGCACCGGCGCAACACGUCGACCAGCAGCAGCGCCUCGGGCGGCCUGGGCACGGCGGUGGAGGGACCCGAGGGCGAGCGCGAGCCCCGUCCGGAGAAGCCCCCGCGCCCGCCCCGGCCCCCGCUCCUCGUAGAGAGGCCCUCCAGGCGGAAGAAGGACUCGGUGGAGAGCCACCCCACCUGGGUGGACGACACCCGGAUCGACGCGGGCGACAUCGUGGAGAAGAUCAUGCAGAGCCAGGACUUCACGGACGUCAGCAACACCGAAGAUAGCAACCUGAGGCUGUUUGUGAGCCGAGACGGCAGGACGACCCUCAGCGGGAUUCAGCUCGCAAACAGCUUUCUGACGUUUGAUUUCAGGCCAGAGUCUCAUCUGGAGUUUACGAGCCAGUGGUCAUCGAAACCCACUAAAAUGUGAACGGCGGGGCGGAAACAGAUGACGGGCGGAUGCCGUCCGUUCCCGGGGCCUCUCCUGCCCUCCUUUCGUUCCUCCCUUCUUCCCUCUCAACUCACCCUCUGAGCCUUUUCUUCACGCAACAUUCCAGGCAGGACUUCCUUCCCUCACUCCGACGAGCAACACUCCGGACUUCGGCACUUUCGGCUUGGAGAGGCUCGGAGGCGGAGCCGGGACGUCGGGACACCUCUCGUCGAACAACCGUCUCCGACGCGGGCGGAGAAACGUCCGCCUGCCGUUCCGGUUUCGCCUGGCCCUCUGUGCUGUUGGGUUAGACCACUGUGAACACUCCCCUUCCUCCACUGUUUUGAAGAACUGUUGCCAAUGGAAACAGAGCCGCUGGGUGUGAUAGUAGCCCACCUGGCUCUGGGCUUUCACCACUUCGGGCUGCAAAAGAACCGCACUUUGGAUUGCACUUCGCCGUGACGUGGACGGAGCACCCUGUCAACUUGGGCCCUUCCUCCAGGUGUUUUGGACUUCAACUCCCACAAUUCCUGGCCUCAGAUUCAUCAGCAUGAGAGCUGAUCUCAAGAACUCGAUUCUACUCGGGAGACUCCAAGAAAACAUCACUUAAUUUAAUCUCGGGCCCGACCAAGACCCAUGAAGUCAUCCCUUGGACACCUGGGUCUGGAAGACAAGAUACAUAAGAGCUGAUCCAGGAACUUGGUUCUCUGGCAAUGUUGUCUGCUCGGGAAACUCCAAGAAAACAUCACUUAGUUUAACCUCGGGCCCGACCAAGAACCCAUGAAGUCAUCCAUCGGACACCUGGGUCUGGAAGACAAGAUUCAUGAGCAUGAGAGCUGAUCCAGGAACUUGGUUCUAUGACAGUGUCUGCUCUGGAGACUCCGAGAAAAAUCACUUAAUUUAAUCUCGGGCCCGACCAAGAACCCAUGAAGUCAUCCCUCGGACACCUGGGUCUGGAAGACAAGAUUCAUGAGCAUGAGAGCUGAUCCAGGAACUUGGUUCUAUGACAGUGUCUGCUCUGGAGACUCCGAGAAAAAUCACUUAAUUUAAUCUCGGGCCCGACCAAGAACCCAUGAAGUCAUCCCUCGGACACCUGGGUCUGGAAGACAAGAUUCAUGAGCAUGAGAGCUGAUCCAGGAACUUGGUUCUAUGACAGUGUCUGCUCUGGAGACUCCGAGAAAAAUCAGUUUAACCUCGGGCCCGACCAAGAACCCAUGAAGUCAUCCCUCGGACACCUGGGUCUGGAAGACAAGAUUCAUGAGCAUGAGAGCUGAUCCAGGAACUUGGUUCUAUGACAGUGUCUGCUCUGGAGACUCCGAGAAAAAUCACUUAAUUUAAUCUCGGGCCCGACCAAGAACCCAUGAAGUCAUCCCUUGGACACCUGGGUCUGGAAGACAAGAUUCAUGAGCAUGAGAGCUGAUCCAGGAACUUGGUUCUAUGACAGUGUCUGCUCUGGAGACUCCGAGAAAAAUCACUUAAUUUAAUCUCGGGCCCGACCAAGAACCCAUGAAGUCAUCCCUUGGACACCUGGGUCUGGAAGACAAGAUUCAUGAGCAUGAGAGCUGAUCCAGGAACUUGGUUCUAUGACAGUGUCUGCUCUGGAGACUCCGAGAAAAAUCACUUAAUUUAAUCUCGGGCCCGACCAAGAACCCAUGAAGUCAUCCCUUGGACACCUGGGCACACUCGGGGGCCCCGCCGGGUGUUUUGUCCCUCCGGCCCCUUCCUUGUCCCCUCGGCCUCUUUUACAGAACUGAAAGGCUUAGCCAUCCCAUCUUCUUCGUUCUGCCCGUCUUGUCGAGGGAUGUGCUUCGGACUGUGCGCAAUCUCCUUUCUUAAUGUCGCUCCCUUCACUGUCACGGUUUUGUGGAUCGCACACCCAGCCGUUCACUCGCACCCGGGGCUCACCACUGGCCGCCUUCACAAGAGCUUGUGGGAAAGCGUGUAGCGUGUUGCACUCCUUCUUGUACACAGGACGGCGCUGAGCCUUCCGCACGCAGCAACAUCGGACGGGAGUCUCGGGUCCGUCCUCACCCCUUUGCGUCCCUCUUCACGCUGGGCGUUGGGCACUCCAGGGGACGACGUGGAGGACAAAGGGCCCACGUUUGUAUCCCCACCGACAUUGCUGCCUCCUGGAACGAGCUUCACCUGAAAUAACAGAUGUUGAGGACCCUGCGGUUGUGCUCAGGCCGAUCUCCCAGCCGUUGUCGUUCUUGUCGUUCUGUUGUCAGGACAAUAGGGCGGAGGGGGUGCACAGCCCUCCAGGUGUUUGGACUUCAAGUCUGUUGGACUUGCCGUCAAUCAGUUGGGGCUUUGGGGAGUCUGAGUUCCAAACGCCGGGAGGGCCCCACGUUGGGCGCCACUAAGAGAGAGGCCCUCUCGGCGUUUGGGCUUCCACGGGAGGCUUCCCUCGUACAACAGCCCAGAUUUCUCCAUGCGCUGUUGGAGUCUCCGCAUGGAGCGUGACUUUACGUGGGAGGCCGAGACACAACACGGGCCUCUAUUUCAUAUUCUCCAGCAUCCGUCGGAUGAAUGGCUAGUGUCCUCCGUUGCGCGUCCAGACCAAACAAAGGGGAGAAGUCGGCUUUGAGAUCCCGCUCUUUUCUCGUUCUUUUCUCAACCACUGUGGUUCCACCUGGAAACCUUCGCUUUUGUGCUUGAAAUGUCUCGAAUCCCGUUUAACCUCCCAGCGGGCUGGGGUUUUGCGUUGUUUUUAACGUCCUUGUUCCACCGCUGUCGUGGUUUCCUCGGCCCAAGGAAGCCUUUCUCUUGUGCUUUUGAGCCCGGGAUUGGUUUCGCCAGCGACCGAUUCCGCGAUCGGAAACGCGCAUCUCUUGAUCGUGGACAAAGCUUUUGCCGGGGCCAAAAGCUUGAGUCUGAGUCGAGGGGAAAGAAGGAGCAGAGCUGGACUCGCCUCCCUCGCAAUCCCGUGCCAAACCAGAGCCUGGGAACGGAUCACGUCCGACCAAAUUGUUUUGUUGUUGUUGUUGUUGUUGUUGAUUUCUCGAAGGUUUGGGGAUGUAUCACCAACCUCCUCUGGCGCGACUCAGCUUGGGAGCGGUGGCAUUGAAGUGGAAGAGGGAGCUUGUUCCGCAUGUGAACAGCUCCGAGUCCCUUCGCGGAGAUAAAGUUUUAUUGUUAUUAUUAACUCCAUUCAAACAGGCAAAAAUUCCUUUCCCGCGUCGCCAUUAUAGUGCUAUGAUUCCAUAAUUAACCAUCUGCGGCAUCCCGGCGUUUUGUUGUUCAUUGCUCGAUAAUUCAGAAUACUCCUAAUUUUCCAAUGCCGAGAUUCCGUAGGACGUUGAUGUGAAACCGUAUCGCUAUAAAUGCCGCGCGGAAAGCCGAAACUCCCUCUUCAAUGUUUGCCCGAAGAAUAUAUAGAUUUCCUUUCUGGGUUAUUUGCAUUGAUUUGCGGAUGGUUAAGACUCCGAAUGAUUGCGUUACGUGUUGUCGAAGGCCAUAAUCAGUGGUCUGCUGUGUGUCUUCCAGGCUGCGUGGCCAGUGUGUUCUCGCAGCAAAGCACAGAGCAGGCAUGAGCCGACUUUGGCCCUCCCGCCAGGGUGUUUUGGACUUCGACUCCCACAAUUCCUGGCCUGAGGCCCUUUCCGUGAGAAGUCCUCUCGAUCCAGGUGUCAAGGCGAUGACAUCAUGGGUUCUUGGUCGGACCUGAGCUUAAAUUAAUAAAAUUAAAGGAAGGGGCCUGAGGCCAGGAAUUGUGGGAGUUGGAGUCCAAAACGCCCGGAGAGAGGACCAAAGCUUGCCCAUAAAUUUAAAUAAAUAGAUAAAUAAAUUUAAAUGGCGGGAGUGCCAGCCGGUCUGAGCACAAGUGUUGAGCCGCCGGGAGGCUCGCCGUUCCCGCUGCCCGUUUCCCGAGCCAGGCGGAGAUCCCGUGUCCCGUGUCCGCCCGCAUUGUACACGCCUCCCUUCCGGGCGAAGGGGGGAACCGAGGGAGAGCGGAUCUCUCUCUCUCGCUUGAUCUCAGGAGCUGCCCGGUUGCAGCGUCGGUGGGCUGGCCGUGCCCUCUCCCUCCGAAGGGGCUUCUUGUGGGCGGCCGGGCGGGCGGGGUUAUCGCAAAAGAAGGCAAAAAAAAUCACGGUAAACGUUUUGGUGAACGCACACGUAUGAAACCUAGGGAAUCUUUUUUUUCCCCAUGCUCAAAGAUGUUCAGUCGCGACACGUGUGACGCAUUCCAGUACGAUAAUUGCACGGUAAUUGCGGACUUUGAAACCGUAGGACGCAGAACGCCUUCUCCUGCUGGGUUGGGUGAUAUAAAUAUCAGUCGUCCAUGUUUACUAAGUUCAAUAGUCCAUAAAGGCAAGACACAUGGAAUCCAGGAAAUCGAGAUCAUGGGCAUAAAUCAAUUAGCAUGAAAACAGUAGCUUUUCCAAGGCAAAGGUCUUCCAGGAACCUGGGCAAACACAGGAGACAAGAUUCAUGAGUGUGAGAGCUGAUCCAGGAACUCGAAUCGAGAAUCUAUGGCAACGUUGUCUACUCUGGAGACUCUAGGAAAACAUCACUUAAUUUAAACUCGGGCCCGACCAAGAACCCAUGAAGUUAUCCCUUGGACACCUGGAUCUAGAAGACAAGAUUCAUGAGCGUAAGAGCUGAUCCAGGAACUUGGUUCUAUGGCAAUGUCUGCCCUGGAGACUCCGAGAAAACAUCAGUUUAAAUUCGGGCCCGACCAAGAACCCAUGACGGCAUCCCUUGGACACCUGGGUCUGGAAGACAAGAUUCAUAAGAGCUGAUCCAGGAACUUGGUUCUAUGGCAAUGUCUGCUCUGGAGACUCCGAGAAAACAUCAAUUUAAAUUCGGGCCCGACCAAGAACCCACUGUCAGAGUAAUUCGCAGCGUAGCAGCAGUUGUAUGUUGUCAAUGGAGCGCAGAACGAAGAGACGUCAGAAACAAUGUUAAAAAUAUAUACAAAGCUUUACUAUACAAGACAAAACGGACUUGCAGACGAACACAGGCUUGGCUUUCACUCUAGACAGACACAAACUCAGAACAGAGCAAGAUCUCAACUGACACAAUCAGUAAUGUACAAACACACUUGAGUGUGGACACUCCCAAGGUUCCAGCCACUCAUCAAGGUCAACACAGCUUCUCAGUCAUUAACUCUUUACAGACUAUAGCAUACUUUGGAUGAUGCAACCUGUAUGCAACACAUGCCAGACACAAAUUUCAUUUAAACACUACCAAUACGCAAAUCCCACAUUAACAUUGACGUCAUUCCUUGGACACCUGGAUCUAGAAGACAAGAUUCAUAAGAGCUGAUCCAGGAACUUGGUUCUAUGGCAAUGUCUGCUCUGGAGACUCUGAGAAAACAUCAAUUUAAAUUCGGGCCCGACCAAGAACCCAUGAAGUUGUCCCUUGGACACCUGGAUCUAGAAGACAAGAUUCAUGAGCAUAAGAGCUGAUCCAGGAACUUGGUUCUAUGGCAAUGUCUGCUCUGGAGACUCCGAGAAAAUAUCAAUUUAAAUUCGGGCCUGACCAAGAACCCAUGAAGUCAUCCCUUGGACACCUGGGUCUGGAAGUCUUCUCUUUCAAGGACUCCUCACAGAGUCUUUCUGACCGUCAAAUUAAUCUCGCCUCCACUCCAUGCUAACAUCGCAGGUAAACUCCUCAUCCGAAGGCCGAUUCCUGCGAGAAACGGAAUCCCAAACAUCCUCCGUAACUGUUGGCCCUUCUCUCUGACCUAAGGCCUGCAAUUCAUUCUCGUCACACUCAGAUUCGGUGAAAAAACCGCACGAGCGACACAUACGUGUGUGGAAAUAAACUUGAUUUUUGUAUGUUUUUGUAUGUGUGCGUUGACCAAAACGUUUGACCACGAGGCGGGCCGAUCUGCAGCGGUCGCCCGCAUUUCCUUGGACUCGCCUUGCCUCUUUCGCUUCGAUAAAUGAUGUUUGCUAGUGUUUAUUUUGCUCUCGAAGGCCCAUAUUUUUGAGCGGGUUCCGAUGAAAGAGAGAAAGAAAGAGAUAAAUCACAUUUAUUUUCUUGGGAGGAGAGGGGAAAAAAUUUUAAAAAUUUAUCGAGAUUCAGGCGACGAGAAGCCGCGCUCAGUUUAUUAUAUUCAGAUACUUGUAUAUCGAGAUGAUGAUGAUGAUGAUGAUGAUGACGGUUAUUUUUGGAAAGGGAGACGUAAAUGAAUAAAUACGGGACUAUGCAAACUUCCGAAAUCGCUUGAAGGGAGAGAGAGAAAUAGUUUUAACACUUUCUAAUCUUUUUUCGGGGGGGAAAUGGGGGUCUUGAUAAAAAAGCAGAUUAUAAAUAAACGCCCUUGCGGUUAAAAGAAAGCCUAGAAGGGCAUUUUAGUUUGACUGCUGGGUUUUUGAUUAUUGUUAUCCUUCCUUUGAACGGUUUGUGAGGCUCCUCCGGAGUUUCUGUUCUUCUAACCACUUCCGCCCGGUGUUUUGGACUCUGACUCCCACCAUCCCCAACGGCCUCGGGACCUUUCCUUUCAUGGCAUUGAUUUGAGAUCGGGCCCUGCCAAGAACCCAUAACCCUUCUUGCGGAGUCUUUCGGUCAGGAAUGCUGGGAGUCGGAGUCCCAAACGCCGGGAGGGAGGGGGAGGGAGGGAGGGAGGGGGGGUGGAGUGGCCGGUCGGUCCCUGUCCUGACGGGAUGCCGAGCCGCCUUUUGACUCGACCGAUGAUCCGUGUUUGUCCACUGUAGAGAAGCCACAAAUAUAAAGAGGAAAAUCACUAUGAUGAUGAUGAUGAUGAUGAUGAUGAUGAUGUCAAAUGUCGUUACCGUUAUUUUUUGAUGGGGAGAAAUAAAUAAAUACAUAAAUAAA